AUUUUGUUCUAGAUCUAAGUUGAAGCAUGCUGGCACAUCAGGGUUGCACAAUUGCCGCAAGACUGUCCUUACUAUAUCUGUUGCUCUGUAGGACAGUCUACUCUAUCCCUCCCAAUAUCGUCUUCAUUUUGGCAGACGAUUUAGGAUGGGAUGAUGUUGGCUUCCAUGGGUCAGAGAUUCUUACUCCUAAUAUUGACAAACUGGCACAGGCUGGAGUCGUUCUAAAUAAUUAUUAUGUCCAGCCCAUAUGUACUCCGACACGAGGAUCUAUUUUGUCUGGCCGAUACCCAAUUCAUACAGGUCUUCAGCACAGUGUGAUCACCGGCUCUCAGCCUUAUGGCUUGCCUCUCAAGGAAGUUACAAUUGCUCAGCGCCUCAAAGAACUGGGCUAUGACACACAUGGUGUUGGAAAGUGGCACCUGGGGUUCUUCAAAGACAGUUACCUCCCCGAGAACCGAGGAUUUGACUCCCACUAUGGGUACUACUUAGGACAUGGAGAUUUCUUUGAUCACUACGCAGGAGAUGGGGGCCACAUUGGAUACGACUUCCAUUUCAAUGGCCAAACUACCUGGAACCUGAGUGAGGUAUACUCUACUGAGAUAUUCACCCAGCGGGCAGAGACAGUAAUUCAUCAGCACAAUCAGUCAAAGCCCCUGUUUCUAUAUUUAGCUCACCAAGCAGUUCAUGCGGGCAAUGCUGGAGAUCCCAUCCAAGUACCGCAGAAGUAUGUGGACAGAUUUCCCUAUAUCAAGAAUAUGAAAAGAAGGUUAUUUGCAGGCGUAACCUCGGCUCUAGAUGACUCUGUGGGUGCUGUGUACAAAGCGUUGCAGGACGCAGGAAUGGCCGACAACACGGUGAUCGUGUUCAGCACAGAUAAUGGAGGGCCGGCCAAUAACUAUGAUGGCAACGCUGCCUGCAACUGGCCCCUCAGGGGCACUAAGAACACACUAUGGCAAGGAGGAGUGCGAGGUGUUGGCUUUGUGAACAGUCCUCUCCUGAAGAAAUCUGGCUACGUCAAUGAAAACCUUAUGCAUGUGGUCGACUGGCUACCAACAAUAUACACUCUCGCCGGUGGAAAUGUCUCUAUGCUUGGAGAUAUCGACGGCGUUGAUCAGUCGGCAGUUAUAUCACGAAACUCUACCUCUACUCGUAAAGAAGUAUUGCUCAAUAUUGAUCCGAUUUAUAAACAUGAAGCAAUCAUCGUGGGAGAUUUCAAAUAUAUCUACGGGUAUAUUUCUCGUAAUGACAACGAGUGGUAUCCCCCACCAGGUUCAACAAGGGAUGUAGAGAAAGUUCCAGCCGGGAAUGAGCUCUCUGUAGACUUCAACAACUUGCAACAAUGGCAACAACUGUACAAUGAUGACAACAGCAUCAAAACAGUCAGUGACGAAGGUCUGCCAGAGAUCAUUUCACAAAUGGACGCCAGUUAUGAGCUCUGGAGAAAGCAGCGGCUACAAGAAACAUCUUCAACUUUAACCUUUGACCCUCAGCUUGUACCUUCAAGCCACAAAGGGCAGGAGCAGGAAGAUGAGUAUAAGAACACAGUUGGUGAUAUGCACAUGCGCGUCGAUGACGAGCGUCUUCUUGAGCCUAUCAAGGUCAAGUGUGGACUCAAACCCGCCAAUGCCUCGACAAACUGCGACCCUGUGAAGAAAGCAUGCCUGUACAAUCUCCGAGACGACCCCUGUGAGUUUGAGAACCUGGCCUUGGCCCUGCCGGACGUUGUGGAGAGGUUGGAGGCACGGGUGGCGAUGUACAGGAAGACUAUGAUUCCCCCAGGGAACAAACCCAUCGACCCACGGGGAAACCCCCAGCUCCAUGGUGGGGUCUGGGUGCCUUGGUUGUAACAGAAAAACAAGAUAGGAGAGUUACCGAAUUGGUACGAUACUAUCAAAUUAAACUAAAUUUGACUGUGACCUUCAAAAUCAAAGGAGAAACUAGAUAGGAGAGUUCCUUUUUUGGCACAGUAUGACCAAUUCAAACUAAGUUGACUGUGAAUUCAAAAUCAAACGCAUUUGUUUCUCAAGGUCGUAAGUCAAAUUGGUCAUAUUGUGCCAAAAUGAUAGCUUUUGCCCCAUCCAGGAAAUCAAAAUUUGGAUGGCCCCAAACUUAAUUUGAUGAGUUCAAUUAGCAAUGCGCUCAGGACAUUAUGGGCUAAUUCCCAGCUAAUCAAAUGUUUUGGAAGUCUGGUGAACCAAAGUGUGUGGAUUUGGAGGAUUUUUUUUUUAAAGGUACAAGCCCCCCCACCCCGCACCCUGUUUUCUUUUUCUUAUAGAAGCCAAAUCGAAAGGUUGAAAAAUUUUUACUGACAUAAAUGAUGAUGUGCCUUAAUGAUGUUAGUAGCAAUUAUGUACUGGUAUGAGAUGUUAAGACCUUAUUAAUAUUUCGCUGCUGCUGUUGUCACUUAUGCCGUUUCAUCAAUGUUGCUUAACUGCUUCCACCUCUAAUCUUGCAAAGUGUGUGGAGUUGAUUGUGGUGCUUUAUGAUAAUACUGAUUUCAACAUAUUAUCUUUUUCUUUCUCUUGACAGUUAAUACAGUUGAACCUGCUCUAACAACACACCUGUUCAAUUGGCGCGCAUAAUACUCACAUGACCUUAUGCAGUUGCGAGCGCCGUAUAACCUCUACUA